AUGUCGUCCAGUGCCGAGUCGAAAUCGUACACACUGCCUCUGACAUGUAGUAAUUGCUUCACUAGCGCCUCGACAUUGUUUUGUCCCAAGCUAGACAAGUCUUUCUCGCUCCUGUCCGACUUGACUGUGCCGUGCUUCUCUCUUUACCAAGUCCAGCACAAUGCUACGUGUCCAGAUCUUCACGCUCAUGUCUAA